CAUAGACCGGCCAGCCUCUCUAGCUAGGAACGUACCAUAUGGUGGUGCCACAACAGCCAGCACCGUCGACACGGUCACCGCCACCGACUCAACCGGAAGCGUCUCAACCGACGACUCCUACCCGGCGGCCGCCUAUCUCCCUCCAACCUUCACAUAGACACAAUCCAUCGAAAUCCAGCCGGCUCCUCCGGCGUUUUCGUUCCGUGUUCCAGUCCUUCCCAAUCGUAAACAUCCCGUCGUGCAAGAUCCCGAUCUCGCUCCACGGAAGCCGCGGCCUCCAUGACGGCCACAUUCACGGAGGGAAACGCAUGACCGGCACGCUUUUCGGGUUCCGUAAGGCCCGGGUGAACCUUGCCAUCCAAGAAACCCCAAGAAGCCUACCCAUCCUCCUCCUUGAGCUUGCGAUUCCAACGGGGAAACUUCUACAAGACAUGGGAAUGGGACUCGUCAGGAUUGCGCUGGAAUGCGAGAAGCAUCCCCACGACAAGACCAAGAUCAUCGACGAGGCUAUAUGGUCCUUGUAUUGCAAUGGUCGGAAAUCAGGGUACGCUGUGAAGAGGGAGGCGACAGACGAUGAUUUGAGCGUCAUGCAAACGUUGCAUGCAGUGUCAAUGGGCGCCGGCGUGCUUCCAAGUGAAGUGACGUCGGAUGAUCAUCAGGGUCACGACGGCGAGUUGAUGUACAUGCGAGCGCAUUUCGAGCGGGUUGUUGGAUCGAAGGACUCGGAGACGUACUACAUGAUGAACCCCGACGGCAACAGCGGGCCUGAACUAAGCAUCUUUUUUGUUAGGAUCUGACGGACGUACAUCAAGUUUCUUGCUAGCUAGGGGCCGUUGAUAUAAUUUUUCUUAUCUUUUUUAUUUUUUUUAAAAUUUUUUUUUGUAAUUAUACAUGCUUAAGUUUUAUGAAGUGUCAAUUCAAUGUAUUUAUCUUUCAAUUUCAUCGGUCUGUUAGAAUUUUUUAUUAAAUCCUAA